CAGUGGGGUCUGCUUCAGCUUCCUCUUCUCCUGGCUGUUGAUUCUCUUGGUCUUUGUCACAUUCUUCAUUGGAGGAAAUGUCCAAACACUGGUGUGCAAGCACUGGGCCAGUCAAGAGAUCUACCAGUUCAUUGACACACCUGGCAAUCUGCCUCCUUCUAUGAACAUCACCAAGCGCCUAGGCCUAAAGAAGGGGCUCAACCUUACAACUGCUUAUCGGCAAUGUAGGAAUGGUGCAGGCCUCUGGGAAAUUCUGCAACUUGAGGAGAGCUACAGUCUUAACAACCAUCUCAGUGUCACACAGUACACUGCAGAGUUUCAGAAGCGCCUGGAUGAGUUUAACUUCACCUUUGAAGACAUUCUGUUAACCAGAGAUGGAAAACGAGACUUGGAGACCUUCAAGGAGAGUGGCAUUGACCGGAUAGAUUUUACAGGCUUCCUGACAGAGCUUAUCCUGAGGAAUAAGUACAAUUUGCAAGUUCACUCUGCUUCUCCCCCCUCUCCCCCGGCCAGACUUUAUGAGCAGGAGCAGAUCGGGAUGUUAAAACAGCCCUGGGGCAAGACGAGCCAAGCGCUGGAUCUGUUCAGUUCACACUCAGACUGCAGCGAUGAUAACAAUGGCUGA